AUGAAGGCAGCGAACGCGCUUGGCAUUGGAGCUGGCCACAUCAACCCAAGCUUGGCUGCAGAUCCAGGGCUGAUUUACGAGGCCGAUGGAUCUGACUACACUAAAUUUUUGUGUAGUUUAAACUACACAAUCCCAGAUGAAGUCAUUUGCGCUGGUACUCCAGCCAAUCUGAAUUAUCCUUCUUUCUCAGUCGUGUUCAAGCACAACAAUUGCAUUCAAGAGAACGAAAAGCAGAGCCACACGGUGAAAUUUGAAAGCAGAAUUGUUGGUAAUAAUACCAGUGACCCAGUACAGCAGAUAGUAUUUGGUCAUUUUUCCUUGGAGAGUGCCAAGCACAUUGUGAGAAGCCCAAUAGCAAUGCUGUAG